AUGGCUCGUCCAAAGAGAGGGGUUAGGUUCCCCAACCGCAACGGCUCUGAUGGACGAAGAUCAAGCUUCAGCAGCGAGGACGGUGGCUCUCCCACCAAGCUCAAGUCCCAAUCUUCGGGACAGUUGGAAACAGUGGACGAGAAGCAGCCCGCAGUUAGCGAAAAGCAAGCCGAGUACGAAAAGAAAAAGGCCAACUUCAUAACGCGCACUUUCUGGACCUUUGUCAUGUUUGCGCUCUUCUUCGCCGCGCUUUUCAUGGGUCACAUCUACAUCAUCUGCAUCAUCACUGCUGUCCAGAUCGUCUCCUUUAAGGAAGUCAUCGCCAUUGCCAAUGUUCCCAGCCGCGCCCGCUCCCUGCGAUCUACUAAGAGUCUCAACUGGUACUGGCUGGCGACCACCAUGUACUUCCUCUAUGGCGAGACGGUCAUCUACUACUUCAAGCAUAUCAUUCUGGUUGACAAGGUCCUGCUACCUUUAGCUACUCACCACCGCUUUAUCAGCUUCAUCCUCUAUGUUUUCGGCUUCGUUUUCUUUGUCACAUCUCUCCAGGCCGGGCACUACAAGUUCCAGUUCACCAACUUUGCCUGGACACACAUGGCUCUGUACCUCAUUGUGGUCCAGGCCCAUUUCAUCAUGAACAAUGUCUUUGAGGGCAUGAUCUGGUUCUUCCUGCCCGCCGCUCUGGUCAUCACCAACGAUAUCUUUGCUUACAUCUGCGGUAUCCUCUUCGGACGCACUCAACUCAUCAAGCUGUCUCCCAAGAAGACCGUCGAGGGUUUCGUCGGUGCUUGGAUCAUGACCAUUAUUUUCGCCAUGCUCCUCUCCAGCAUCAUGAUGCGAUCCAAGUACUUCAUCUGCCCUGUUAACGACUUGGGCGCCAACAUCUUCACUGGGCUUAAGUGUGAUCCCAAUCCGGUCUUCCUUCCCAAGACCUACGAGCUACCCGAGCUGUUCUUCCUCCCCGACACUGCGAAUUUCUCCGUUACUAUUGCUCCCAUGCAGAUCCAUGCCCUCAACUUGGCUACCUUUGCCUCUCUGAUCGCUCCCUUUGGCGGGUUCUUUGCUUCAGGUCUCAAGCGCACUUUCAAGAUCAAGGACUUUGGCGACUCUAUCCCCGGACAUGGAGGUAUCACUGACCGCAUGGACUGCCAGUUCAUCAUGGGUUUCUUCGCUUAUAUGUACUUCCACACCUUCAUUGCCAUCCACAAGGUCAGCCUUGGCAGUGUUCUGGAGACCGCAAUUACCAGCCUCAACCCUGAUGAGCAGCUCGAGCUCGUCAAGGGAAUGGGCCAUUAUCUCCGAAACCAAGGCAUCCUAGCUGAAGACGCUGUCACUUGUCUCGAUAAGCUCCUGCCAGUAAAUCAAUGA